AUGGAAGGUCGCUGCCAAUGCGGCACCGUGCGCUUUCGCACGCCCACGGAAAAGCCCAUCAAGUGGUACAUCUGCCACUGCCACGAGUGCCGCCGCCAGAGCGCCAGCGCGUUUGGCAUCUCGGCCAUCUUCCCGCACUUUGAUCUGCUUUCCCAGGUUUCCGCUGCGGGGGACGAGUCUGCGUCCAAUUCGGCGCUUGAGAGAGACAACGACAACGACGGCAAGGAUGGUGGCGCGGAUGCGGACUCUCCAGUCAUCGGUGUCUACGAGCAUUCGCGCACGACGUCCGGCCGGGCCAAAAAGUGCUACUACUGCAAAAAGUGCGGGACGCGCAUCAUGAACGUCAGCGUCGCGCCUACCGGCAGUUUGGGCUACGUCGCCGUCAAGGGCGGGUGUCUCGAGGGCAUCGACGGCGACAUCUUCACCGGCGCGACGCACAUCUGGACGAAGAGCGCGUUGGUCCCCAUUCCUGAGGGCGCAGAGGCGUACCCCGAGGAGCCGCCGCCGAGGGCCUAG